AGUGGCCAGCUAUCGAUAAAAAUAUUAUUAAAAAAUAAUGUAUUUCAUUGUUGUAUUAGUUUUAAUGAUGAAUGUCUUAAAUUCAUUUCAAAGCGUAAUUAGAGAUUGUCGAUAUAUACAUAGUAAUGGUACCCAUGGUCUACAUUGUCCUCUAUUUUCUCAACUUACUUGUCCGACAAAAUGCGAUCCAAGUUGUCAGCGACCGCUAAUCAAGAGGACAAUGUGUAGCCAACCUAUCACUUGUCCAGAAAGGGCUUGUGUUUGUAGUCCCGAUUAUGUCAAAGACAAUGACCACAAAUGUAUUCCUCUGGAGCGCUGUUCAGAGAACUGUCCGUCCAAUGAAAUCUAUAAACUAUGUCCGCCUUCGUGUGAGAUUCACUGCGGAAAUGUGGAUAAACCUCCCAAAGGAUGUCCUGAAGAUGAACGAGAAGAUCACGAAUGCAUCGCUGACUGCGUUUGUCCGUCGGGUCUCAUCCGAGACUAUAGCACUGAAAAGUGUGUCAAAAAAGAAAUGUGUUCUAAAGAAAGCAAACUGUCGUGUCCUCCAAAUGAAGUCUACAACAAUUGUAGUGCCGUUUGUGAUAAAGUUUGUAAUAAAGAUAAUAUUAAUUGCGAUCCCAAAGACAACUGCAAAAAGGGUUGCUUUUGUCAGAAAGGCUUUAUUCGGCAAAAUUUUAACGCAAAAUGUAUUCCUGAAGAUCACUGUUUUAUUGUCCUAAAAGAUAGUGAAACCGUUUAAUUGCUGAUAA